GAGGACUGAAAAACAAUCCACAGUGAGGAGAUGUCUGCUGGUUGUGUGAGGUGGCUUCUGAGCCACACGAUGAGAUCUGUGUGCAGCGGCAGGCCAGGCUACUGGACACCGACUCUGAGAUCAGCCGGACUCUGUGAAACACACAGCAUCAUCGCUUCCUCCUGGAGACGAUCUGCGUUCUCCACAGACGUUCCUGAAGAACAGACUCCUGCAGCAAACAAAAAGAAGCAGGAUCCACGCGCCCACACCUCCAUAAGCAGCGUUGGCCGGAAGAUUCCCCACAGAGAGGUACAGGUGAUCAGUGAGACAGGUGAGAAUCUGGGGAUGAUGCAUCGAGCCGAUGUGAUCAGAAUCAUGGAUGAGAAAGAUCUGAAGCUGGUGCUGCUGAGAGGAAACAAAGAGCCUCCGGUUUACCGGCUGAUGAGCGGGAAACAGAUCCACGAGGAGCAGCUUAGACUUCGAGAGAAAAACAAGACCAAAGCAGCUCCUGUGCAGGUAAAGGAACUCAGCAUUUCAGCUGGCAUUGCCUCCCAUGACCUGUCGACUAAACUGAAGCAGGUGGAGAGCUGGUUGGAGAAGAAACACCACGUCAGGCUGACUCUGAGGGCAGGACACGGACAACAGGCGGUUAACCUGGACACCACUCUGGAACAAAUGGUGGAGCAAAUGAACUUGAUGGUGGGCUACGUCUCUAAGCCUAAAGUUACAAGAGAGGGUCAGGUGGCCAUGUGCGUCCUCCGACCGCCUUCCGCAAAGGAGCUGGCGCUGCAAGCAAAGAACAAAACUGAGGAGAUGCAGCCUGCAGGUACUCAGAGCAAAGCGCCUCCUGUUAGCAACACACCAGAGGAGUUGGUACAGCAGUGAUGCGAGAAGCGCUUUCACACGAACAAUUCGGUGCCUGGAUGUUACAGCCCGGUGCUUCU